UGGCAGAGUCCCUCACUUCUCCCCUCUCAUUGAAUUGCUGUGACACUCUUCCUUCUCUCCCUGUAUGUAUCUUUGCGAGUUAGCCUACCAUAGCCAUGAUGCAGGCGUUUCCAGGUCGCAGGCUCAAGUCCACUGCCAUUCUCUGUUCUAGUAUGAUUGUUCUAUUUGUCUUCUUUCAUUUUUGCUUUGAUGGCGCCCCGAGUAUUCGAUCUAUUUCAUCUUUCAGUUCAAAGUUACCUACACUUAGCGGAGAGCCAUUGGUGGUCUCACAUGAUGGCAAUGGACCGUCCCAGGAUGUGAAAGAGACACUGGUUGCGCUAGUCUCACAGAAACAGCGACCGAUCUCGACGUUGAUGACUGUAACAAAAAUUUCAAGUCGAGCGCCAGUGCCAACAAACCUAGAAGAGAAUCAUGUGUCACAACCAAUUCUCUCCUCCACCUUCUCCUCCACUAACGCUGAACCCGAAGCCACCCAUGCCAUCUCCAACCCUCUAGACUCAAGUGGCGCCAUCGUUGCAGCCGUAAGCCUGUCCACAAACUUAUCCUGGGUCCACGAACUCCAAAAUCCCAUCUGGACCCUCCAUCGAUACGACCACGACUCCCCGCACCCACCCCCAUCCACGUACUUCCCAGUCAACAAAGGUAAUGAAGCAAUGAUGUAUCUCUCUUAUAUCCUCAACAACUACGACGCCCUACCCACUUACUCAAUCUUCAUCCAUGGGCACCGCACAUCCUGGCAUCAGGAGGGCGACAUUGUGGAGCUUGUUAAUGCCCUCCGAUUCCGCGCCCUAGAUCAGGAAGGAUAUACUCCGUUAAGGUGCGAUUGGUACCCUUCCUGCCCUGCAGAAAUCAGACCACUGGAUCGGGAUGCUGUGGUUUGGGGACCCGGGGUCUGGAGACAUGAGGUCGAGGUCGAGAUUGCAGAGGCAUGGGCCGUACUCUUCGCUAGUGAAGAAUUACCGAGGACGAUUGCGAGCCAAUGCUGUGCGCAGUUUGCAGUAACCCGAUCCGCUAUCCUCCGCCGACCAAAAGCCGAGUAUGAAAGCAUGAGGGACUGGUUAGUGAACACGAGUUUGAGCAACGAUAUCAGUGGACGUGUCUUCGAAAAGCUGUGGGCGUAUAUUUUCACAAAAGAGGCUGUGAGGUGUCCACCACCGGGCCGGUGUGCUUGCGAUUAUUUUGGGAUGUGUGGAGAAAGGAAGUGGAUGGUGCCGCCGGAGGGGUUGAGGAAGUGGGACGAGGAGUGAGAAGGUGGUUGAAGAGAAAACGGGAAAGAGGAAUAAAAGGGACCGGUGUAUAAAGGACUAAAUGAGCCAGGGACGACGGUGGGUCAAUGAUUCCCAGGUAUGAAACAAUUUCACACCAUUUCAUCCCAGUCGUUUCCGCUUUACGGGUAGGGCAUUUGCAAUCCUCCUUGGCGAACUGAUCUGAUGGAUACUACCCUUCAACAUCUGCUCGACGCCAGCUCUGAUAGGAGCACUCGGCGCGACAGAUUAUACGAAUGAGUCCAGAAACAACAGAGGAG